AUGUCAAGCAGUCAGGAUGCGGAGAUGAGCGACCAGGAUGAGCCAGAAAACGAUGAUAGUCUUUAUGAUGACGAUGAUGAUAUUUACGACGCGGAUGCAGCACAAACCGGCCAACAGGCCCCUGUAGUGUCCGGCUACCAGAGCACCGCCAUGACUGCCUACGGGAAUCCAAGAACGACAACUUGGCAAGCCCCAGCUGUCGCCAGUUAUCGACAGCCAGCAACUACCGGCAUGGCCAACGUUUCCUGGGACACGUAUCGAGCCCCGGCUACUGGUGGCUACCUCCAUAACGCAGCGGGCGCAGCGCAACAGGCUACGACGGGCAACCAAGGGGGGAAUGUGGCAACAGCCGCAUACCAGACACCGGUAACGGGGAGGUAUAGCAGCACAGCAACAGGUACCUAUCAGCCUCCAGUAACCGGCUAUGUAGGUAAUAUAGCAACAUCAACGUACCGGAACUCGGCGACGUCAAGCUACCAGAACCCAGUGACGGCCAGCUACCAGGGCUCUGGGACAGCCGCAUACGACAACACGGCCAUGUCGGGCACAGAAUACGUGGAGGCCGCAAGCGCCGGGCAGAUGCCCGUGAAAACACAGCAGAACGCGGGAACCAUGACGCGUCGGUCCUCGUCAACAAACACCGUCCUAUACGCGCCGGACAGGGCCCUCUCACCGGCAGAGUCUGAGCAUACAGUAGUAUACGCUCCGUCGGGGAGCCAGCAGACCCCCGAGGCGUCCAGCCAAGACGUGUCGGAGGCGGCCGGCGGUAAGCGACGACCGGAGCCCCCAGGCCAGGAGACGACCCGGACGGCCCAGCGCAGGCCGCCGCCCGACCACAUCCCGAUCCCGGAGUCGAGCAGCAACCUGGUGCAGAUCCCGUCGCUGCCGGCGGCGCACUACGCGCCCGUGCGGAUGCAGCAGGCCGUGUCGCGGGCGCUGCUGCUGCUGCCACCGGGGCGGCGGGACAGCCAGGGCCUGACGGCGGCGGCGGCGGCGGCGUAUCCGGACCGGCUGCCGGCGGAGCGGUACCUGCGCACGCACACGCGCUUCGGGUCGUGCGUCAGGCUGCUGUCGCCGGGGACCACGCGGACGGUCGAGCUGCUCGACUACGAGGUCCAGGCGGGCGGCGGCCUCAUCGUCAACCUCGUCUGGGGCGACCGCACGGCGCCGCUGCCGCCGGCGUGCCUGCUGCGGCACGAGUACGAGUACGCGUCGCAGCUGGGCGUCGACACGCUCGCGCACGUCACCUUCCUCGACGUCGUCUACGUCCCCGUCAAGGCCAUGGUCCUGGCCGCCGUGCUGGCCGCGGGCAAGGCCCCCGAGGGUCGCCACGUCUUCAGGCCCGGCGAGGAGGGCUGGGACGAGCUGAGGCGCGGCAACAGCCUGAUGGCGCUCGCGGAGCAGGCGGUGGGCAGGCCGGCCCGGUGCGUCGAGGUCGAGGGCAUGUACCUGAACACGCCCCGCAUGAAGCUUGACGACUUGACGGUGUGGUUCUGA